AUGUCGAUCAAUUUCGUAAAUUUUACUGAUGAUUUCAAGUAAGCUGCUUUUGCGUCAGAUUAGGUGGUAGCAUUGGACUACUUCCAGACAUAUGUGUGUCGGAGCGAAAAAUGGGUUCAAAUUCUACAAAACCGAGUCCCUAUUGCACAAUGAUGCAAUCGAAGAGACAGAAAAUGGAGGUGAUUCUAACCCAUCCGUUCUUAUUCACUUCUAAAUUCUGUUUCAGAAUCGGACAUCAUAGACUGCGUGAUCGUUGAACAACUUCUCGCCAUGCAAAUGGAUCUUGUGAUUUCGAGUGCUGACCGCAAUAAGAUGUUAAUUGUUCAGCGCUCAACACAGAAGGUCAUGAUUUCCCACCGAUUCACAGAGCCCGUGCAAGCCGUUCGAAGCAGCGCGAAAGCUUUGGCGGUGUGUUUCCAAAAUUCCAUUUCGAUAUACGAACUGCCAACAAUGAAAAGUUUGCAACACAUACAGAAUGUUUUAAACAAUGCGUUUGAAGUGGUGGAUCUGACAGUGAGAGAAACCGAUUCUAUUCUGUCGUAUCCUACAACGAACGAUUCUGGCCUGGUGAGCAUCACCGACUGUUGUUUUUAUCAACUGUUUGUUUUCCAGCUCACACUGAACAAUGCGACAACAUCGACAGUUCGACAGUUCCUCGCACACAAUCACGCUCUCGCGUGCACGAAGUUCAACCCGGAAGGCACAAUGAUUGCUACGAGCAGCGUCAGUGGAACCGUCAUUCGCGUCUUUCUCGUUUCGGACUUUACUUGUGUUUUCAAAUUCCGGCGUGGAUUCUACAGAUAUGCGAUAACCUCAUCCUUGGCCUUUUCAAUGGAUUCCAAGUUUUUGUGUCUUUCGACCAACACUGAAACUAUUCACGUUUUCAAGCUGGAUGAAAGUACUCAACUGUCAUCAGGCUGGCUCAGCAGUAUCGGCCGUCUCGUGACAAAUGACAAUGGAUUGGCGAUGAAUGAACGGAGUUUUGCAACCGCUAAACUUCCUAUAGCUGGACCCAGCAAGAUUGCUAUCGUGGAGUUAGUUUUUUGUUUAUGUUCUCCUCAUAAUCAGUUACUUUUCAGAUUCGGAGGCCACCAUUAUGUCCUGUCCGCAACAAUUACGUCGCUAUUCAUCUACUGUCUGAAACCCGAAGGUGGAAAUAUGAAGCUGCUGGGCACUCAAUGCCUUGACUCUGCAUGGCAAAGAGAUGAGGGACUUGUUUUUCUGGAUUAAGUGAGUCUUACUUGAAGAUUGGCGAUUGAGCGUAAUUAUAAUUUUUAGACAACACGACUCGGCAAAUUAUCCCUUCCUGGAGUUCUAUCAAACACUCUAG